ACAGCGCUCUUCAACUUCUCGAGUCUGCUGCUCGUCAUUGUUCUCCUCAUCUGCACCUGCGCCUACGUGCACCAGCUGUUCCCCGCCAUCCUCGACCGCAACAAGACCGGCGUGAUUGGUAUCUUUUGGAAGUGCGCGCGGAUAGGCGAGCGGCUCAGUCCCUACGUGAGCCUGUGUUGUGGGUUCAUGGCGGUAAGGAUC